AUGAAACCCUCCAUUACUGCUCGUUGUCGCUCGCAUAUCCACAAAAGUUUACAAUCAUGGCUCCUAAAAUUUCAUGAUGUGACGAAAAUGACGACAAAUAAAAUUUUUACAGAAGAAAAAUUUCGAAAUCAGAAAAAAAGGAGAAGAAAAGUAUUUUCAAGGAGCUUUUGUGAAUGGAAUGUUUUAGCUUAG